UUAUCUAGCUAUUUUGUUCGGUCAAUGAAUGAUCAAAAUUUAGUCGUUGCUUAUUCGUUUCGGUGUCAUGUAUUUGUUAGACGAAAUUUUAUGUUGUUCAUUCAAGUCGUGGAACUUAUAAUAAUUGUUGGUGUUAUAUGUUACCGUUAACAAAACUUCAGAGAAAUGGUGAAUAUAGACACGAUACAAAAAAAUUAUCCGCUCCAUUGGCUCGUGUGGAAUAAUAAUUAUGUAGAACUCGAAGAAGAAUUAUCUACAAAGCUGCAUGAUAUUGAAAAGCUUGAUAACAGAGGAAGAACACCAUUGAUGUUAGCUGUGACUUUAAGUCAUAUGGAGUCUGUCGGAGUAUUGUUGCAACAUGAAGCUAAUGUUAAUACAGAGAACACUCAAGGAUGGAAUGUGGUUCAGGAGGCAGUUGGUACAGGAAAUCCUGAGCUAAUACAAAUGGUGCUAGCACAUAGAGAUUAUCAAAGAUAUUGUAAUCGGGUAGCUGGUAUUCCAGAAUUACUUCAUAAACUUAAACAAGCUCCUGACUUUUAUGUAGAAAUGAAAUGGGAGUUUACUAGUUGGGUUCCCCUUGCCUCUAGAAUAUGUCCUAGUGACACAUACAAGGUAUACAAACAGGGCAGUAAUGUAAGAAUCGAUACAACUUUAUUAGGGUUUGAUCAUACAAAGUGGCAACGUGGAAAUCGUAGUUACAUCUUCAAAGGACAAACUGCAUCACAUGUACCUGUGGCAAUUAGAUGUGAACGGAGUUAUGUGUUCAGUAUGGUGGGACGAGAGUCAGAUGAUGGAGCAACAAUGAUGGAGGUAGAUCACAAAACAAGAAAAGUAUAUGUUGAGCAUAUUAAACUCGUAGAUAUUGACGAUAUGCAAUUAAUGGAACCCUCUGAAGAAGGUGUUUUAACUCGGCUUACGAAUCCGAUCGUUACUACUUACAUAGAUACGGAUAAAAUUAGCUUUGAACGCAAUAAAGCUGGUUUGUGGGGAUGGCGCUCUGAUAAAAGUGAAAUAGUUAAUGGACAUGAGUGUAAAGUGUUUAGUGCAUGUAAUGUAGAAUUAAUAACGAAAACUCGAUUAGAACAUUUAUCUGAUCCUGAUAAGGCACGAGCUCGUGCUCCUCGUACACCUCUUCAGUCGUUUCUUGGCAUGGCGGAACAACAGCAGGAAAACAGUAAUAGCGCAACUACUAGUGAAGAAUAUAACAAUGUCGGAAAUCCUUCUAAUAUAACAGCUGAGGAAUAUUUUGACCCAGACGUUGAUUUAAAUGGAAGGGAUAUAGGUAGACCAAAAGAAGUUAAUACAAAAAUUCAGAAAUUUAAGGCAACUUUAUGGCUUAGUGAACAGUAUCCACUAAGUCUUCAAGAACAAAUUAUGCCAAUCGUCGAUCUAAUGGCAAUAUCUAGUUCACACUUUGCAAAAUUAAGGGAUUUUAUCCAAAUGCAAUUACCAGCUGGAUUUCCUGUUAAAAUCGAAAUUCCCUUGUUUCAUAUAUUAAAUGCAAGGAUAACGUUUGGAAAUAUUUUUGGCAUGGAUCAAGAAGUGCCUCAUGUAGGACAUUUAGAAGAAACUAACAGAAUGACUUGUUUAGUUGAUGAUAUUUGUUUUGAAGCACCAGUGGGAUACGUAAAACUAGCAGGUGCUGAAGUUCGGACGCAAUUUAUGGAAGAAGAAGACGAUCUUUUACAAUUUGCUAUACAACAAAGUUUGUUGGAAGUUGGUAGUGAACGCGAUGAGGUUGAUAUAUGGGAAGCCUUACGAGCGCAGAAACCAUCACGGCCCACAACGCCCAAUAUGACAACUGAAGAAGAAAGGCAAUUACAAAGAGCGAUUCAGGCAAGUCUGGCACUGUGUCAAGACAGUACUGCUGGGUGUGCGAGCGGUCGGAGUAACUUGGAUAAAACAAGUGACAUAGAAAAUGCUGACUCGCUCGAAGACACGGCGGAACAAUUAAGACUGGCAUUAAGACUUUCGGAACUACAGCAAUUGGAAGAAGAACAACGUCGAUUGUUAGAAGAAGAAACGUUUCGACAAGUGCUUGAGUUAUCUCUUACAGACAAGUGAACGUGCAAUACUUAUUAAAAAAUUUGAUCAAAUUAUACUUCCACAACUACGUGAAAUCUUCCAGCUGCGCAAGCAUCAUGUGGCUGUCAUGCGCGAAAUCAUUUCCUACAGUUCACAAAACACAUUAAAUAAGUAAUCCAGUUGUUUACAACAGACAUUUGUUAUUAUAAUAUAUAUAUAUAGAUAUAUAGUUACAGUAUACAUAACUAUAUAUACAUAUACACAUAUAUGUGUAUAUAUAUAGUUACGAAUACAAGACAAACGGUGGAGAUAAUAUAACAUUAACUAUGAAAGUAAAUGAUUUAAAUUAUGUUAUUUAUUUCUUAGCUACAUUUUAUAUGAGUGAAAAGAUUGAGUAGUACGGAGGAACAUGGUAUAUACGAGUGUAUAUAUAUACUCAGAAGUCUUGAAAAUUACAAUUGCUCUAACAGAAAGAUCGGAAUAUUCUCGGAUAUCUAAUUAACAUUUAUUCAAAUAACAUCAAAUAAAUAGGGAUAAAAUCUCGUUGAAAGUACGUACUGUAAGUUACGACUGUCAUUAGUUCGAAUAAAAUGCUUGUAAUUCUCAAGCCUUCAACGGUUAUUCGUUUUGUCCUUUCUCCUAGUCUCUAUAGACUCGAAUCUUCAAAAACUUUUAGCAUCAAAAUCUAGGGAUAUAUGUAUCGGAUUAAUAUUUUAAUUAAUAUUCUAUAUAAUAAUCUACUAAAAAACUGCCUCUUAAUGUUCGGGCAAUUCCAAGUUCCUUUUUAUACCCGUGAUAAUACAAUUGUAAGUAGCGUUUCGAUUAAUUGAGAAUAGUACCACUGUAAUGAAAGUAUAUUAUUUAUUCUUUAUAGUUUAUUCAUUGUAAACGAGUAAUUUCGUUGAAAAGUUUAGUACAAAUCAAAUGUAUGAAAUAAAAAACAAAAACAGAAUUAUUA